AUGUACCCAGAUAUCCACCACCGAGACGAACUGGCCAAAUUAAUUUAUAUUCCUGAGUCCAGGAUCCAGGUUUGGUUCCAAAACAGAAGGGGAAAGUCCAGACGUGAAAAGGGCAAAUCCACUUAUUUCACAAAUUCAAGUAUGAGCUAUUCCAACAUCCAGCAACCAGAAAAUAUCUAUCCUACAGUAUCAACAGCAAAGCAUCCAAUGACUGCCGGUGAACAACCCCAGGUCAUGGUUCCCCAACAACAGCCCAUGUUGAAUGUACCACAAGAUUUGUACAACCAAUCUUCAGAGUCUACCCCCUAUUCUCAUUAUUCCUGUCCUGUUCCACAGGAGAGGUUUAUGAUGCACCAGGCCUCACCCAACAUGUGCCAGCAACAAAAUUCACAAUCUAACAACCAACAGCACUUGUACAAAAGCAUGGCUCAUGUCAUGAGCCCCAAGGCAAUGGACUUGAGCAGACGAUCUUAUAGGCUGCCUACAGAAUCUAAUUGCAUGAUCGACUUCAGUAGCUACCCACCCAACAAGACCAUCACACCAGAAAUGAGUGUCAACAUCCCACCAAUCCCACCACCAAUCCCACCAUCUACAGCUACAAGGAACCGCAGUGAAGUCAAUCCUUAUACAAGGCAAACAACCUACUCAAUGUCAACCAUGCAUGAUAAAUACUGCAUUGAAGGUACUGAGUCCGAUUCUGGUGUUAGUGACAGAUCUCCAGAUUCUGGCUGUGAUCCUAAAGAAAUCCUCCCUUCUGUUCUCUCUAGACUGGAACUGCUGAACACAAAAAAUUAA